AUGGUUGAAUUAUGGAAGGACAAUGAAGAUUUUAACAGAUCUGAGCAUGUGGCGAAUGGAGUUUAACAAUUAGCGAACGAUUUCAUGGAGGAGUUAGAUGAAGAAUAUGAAUAGGAAUAUAAGGCAGCAAACGUACCAGAGUAGAUUUGUAUUGAUUUGAUCCAUAUGAAUUCUUUACAGAAGGCUUUUUAAUAUAGAGAUAAAUAUCCGAUGUUGCGCGUUAGAAAAUAAAUACUAAUUUUGGUCAAAACAAUUUCAUACACUGCUUUAAAGAUUUCAAAACACUAAUUAUUUGAGGCCUUGACUUUGGUAGUAAUCAUAAUAAAUUCAAUUUUACUUUCAAUUUAGUAUGAUGAUCAAGAGGCUCUUGAAUUAACAUUUUUAAUAUUGUAUUACGUAGAAGCGUUGAUAAAAAUAAUUGGAAAAGGACUAAUUUUUAAUUCAGGUGCAUAUUUAAGAGAUAUUUGGAAUGUAAUUGAUGCCUUGGUCAUAGUGGCUGGUUCUUUGUAAUAUUUCAUGAGUACAUCAGUUUAAUUGAGUGCUUUGAGGUCACUUAGAGUCCUAAGACCCAUAAAAGCAAUUUCAUCAAUAAAAUCGUUGAAGCAAAUUAUGACAACUUUCUUUUUAUCUUUUAAUGAAUUGGCAAAUGCCUUGUUAGUGCUGGGAUUCACCCAAGUAAUAUUUGCAAUAAUUGGAUUAUAACUAUUCUAAGGAUACACUAAGUAUAGAUGUUUUGAUGAGUAUGGAAUCCAAUCGAUGGAAAUUGAUUAGCAAUAUUGCCACAAUUGUCUUGAUGGUUAUAUAUGUGGUAAAAUGUUGGAGAACCCUAAAAAAGGAUAUUUGAGUUUCGAUAAUUUUGGUUUAGCCCUAUUGCAAGUGUUUAUUAUUAGUAAUUUGGAGGGUUGGGUGGAUAUAAUGGCAGCGAUUAUUUACACUUUUUCAGAAGUGGCAGUUCUUUACUUUAUCACAUUUAUAAUAAUCAGUGCCUAUUUUUUAAUUCAUCUUACUUUAGCAAUUUUGAAGGUGAAUUUUAAGAAAUCUAAUCAUAUUGAAGAUAAUUAGGUCGAAGAGGUGUCUUACAAUUAUAGAUAGUUGAAAAGAUUGAAUAUUUAUAAGCCUAUAAACGAUAAUAAACGAAAAUAAAAUUUCCAUAGAUAACAAAGUAUGAGAAGAUCAAGAAUUAUCAGAUCCAUUUAACCUAAGCAACCUACAUUUAUAGAGAAUUCUGUUAAUUAAGUUUCUCAAGUCAAAUUGCCAUUUAAACCACUACUCAUUAACGAGUAUAGUAAACCUAAAAAGCUUAAGCAUCAUAAUACUAUGAUCACGCUACAUGGAAUUUAUGGGGUUAAGAAUGACGAAUCAAAAUAGAAAAAUAAUGAUUCAAAUAAUCAUUUGUACAGAAGAGCCACUUAAAGAAAUAUUCUCAAAAGAGGAACUAGUAUUUUAGAGAGCAAUCCCCUUUAAGAAUUAGAACAAAUGCUUCAAGGGGAAAAGGAAAGAAUUCCUAGAUAGACAUUAGCCUAAUAAAAGUUAAUUAAAGAUGUGAAAUUAAUUGCAUCUUCAUUUCAAAAAGCUCCUGCUUUGAUCACAACUGUCAAAUAAGCUCUUAGAAAAAGUAGAAUUGAGUAGGAGGUCAAGUAAUAAGACAGCUCCUUGAGUGUGUCACUAACUGAAAUCGAGUCAGUAGCAGAUGAAAAGGUAAAGGAGCGAUUUUAAGAGCUGGAUAUUCUCUAUUAAGAAGAUAAGGAAGAAAAAGCUGCAGGAGAACCUAAAAAGCAAAUUUAACCGACUUCAAAAAAAUAAAAGAAAGCGGAAUAAUUUAAACCUUAAUCCAUGGAGAUUAGCAAAGAAGAUGAGAAAUUGAAGAUUCGACUCUUCGAAACUAAAUUAUAUCCAAGAGUUCUGUAUAAAGAGCAUAUUUGUGAAUCAAUUAAAGAUAUAUUGCCAUCCUUAGAGAGAGAAACUCAAUUGCUAGAACUCUAAAAGAGAGAAGAAAAACGCAAGAAUAUGAAGGUUUCAUUACGAUACUAACUAUAAAUUCAAGUCAUAGAGAAGAAAUUCGAAAAGAAAGAUAGAAAACUCACUUAUGAUUCAUCAAAGGAUUCUUCAAAUAAAAAUGUGAAGAUUUUUCCUGACACUGUAAAGCAGCAGUCUAAAUUUGCCAGAUAGGCUGAGUUUAUUGCUAGAUCACCUUCUUCAUUUAAUGGUAGCAAUCGUUAAAAAAUGAUUGGAAAAUCUUAUUUUAAGCCUUACAAUCAGAUUUAAUAAUACUCAUAUAAAUAGUGUAAGGAUUUUUUUAAUCAUGAUUUAACAGAUCAAUAUCUACGGAAUAGAAUAGAAGAAGUUGAGAUAAAAGAACCUGAAAUAAGAAUUCCGAAGGAAGAAUAUUUCCAUCAUCAUAAGUUCUAUUAACAAUUUCAUAUGUAAAAAAUAUAGGAUAUAGAAAACUUGAAUGGGGAAUUAAUAACUGAGGCUUCAAUUUUAGAGGUAAAGGCAGUUGAUUUUGAUCCUUUUAUGAUGAAUAAAUAUGAAAAGAUUAUUUAAGCCUUAAAUUAUACUUAGGAUAAUUUUUACAUUUAUAUGAAAGGAAUUGUCGGGAUAUACAAACUAGUUAGAUUUAGGAUGAAUAUUAUAUUAGGCACAAAUGCUUUUGAGUAUAUAAUUAAUCUUUUCGUCUUAGCCAACACAGUAGUAUUGGGACUAGAUGGUUUAGUUAGUAAUAAAAGUGAACUAGAAAAAUUGAAUUUGUUUUUUACAAUUUUGUUCACAGUUGAAUAGGUUUUAAAGAUCUUCACAUAUGGUAUUUCUAAAUACAGCAAAGACAUUAUGAAUAUAUUUGAUUUGUGCAUAGUUCUACUUAGUUUGAUUGACUUGCUAUUUUUAUCAUCUGGAAGUGGAUCACACUUAUAAGCAUUUAGGUCGCUGAGGCUAUUUAGGGCUUUUAGAAUAUUCCGUGUAACUAAAUUAGUGAGGAGUCUGGCAUACACAAACUUUUUGAUCUAAAUUUUGAGCAAUGCUUUCUAUUCGCUUAUGUACAUAACAUUUCUAUUAUUUCUAUUCAUUUAUAUAUUCACACUAUUGGGCAUGUCAUUUUUUCAAGGUGCCUUAACAAAUACUCAAUACAGAACUAGUUUUGAUACCUUUUUGGAUAGUUUGUUAGUAGUCAGUUAGAUUUUGAUUUUGUAAUGGAUUGAUGUUUUAUAUGAAUUGCUGUUGUCAGAUGUGAAUAAUUCAUUAGUGAUAAGUUAUUUAUUAAUUUGGAUAUUUAUUGGAAAUUAUGUUUUACUUAAUUUAUUGAUGGCUAGUCUGUUAAAUUAUUUUGAAGACGAGUAUUAAUAAGAAAACAUUCAAUCUUAAAGGCCUUCGAUUACUGUGACUUUGGUGGAUAGAGUGAUUGAAGACAGUCCAGAAAAUCCUAUUUUUUAGAAGGAUAAAACAUAAUUUAGUAAUUCAAGUUCAAAUGAUAUGAGAAUGUCUACAAUGAAGAAUGCUUUUACUUACAACUUUGAUUUUAGAUAGUGUAAGCUGUCCUUAAUGUUGUUUGAUGAACAGAAUGCAUUUAGAAUAAUUUGUUAAAGAAUUAUUAAUCACAAAGUGUUUAAUCUGGUUAUCUUCUUUGUAAUAUGUUUUAGUACUAUAAAAUUGAUUUUGGAUACAUAUUUUGAUAACUUCCUUAUUGAAUUUGAUAUUUUUAUAACCUGUGUUUUUUUGAUCGAAUUUCUGCUAAAAGUAAUUGCAUAAGGAUUUAUAACUGAACCUAACACUUACAUGAGAAAUACUUGGAAUGUAUUAGAUUUUACAAUUAUCAUUAUUUCGAUCAUCGACAUACCUUAUACAGAUUAAAAUCUCAGUUAUUUUAAAGUGCUCAGAUUGUUGAGAACGUUAAGGCCUUUGAGAUUAGUCAAAGAAAAUAAAUAGUUGAAAUUGUUAGUGACUACUCUAUUGAAUUCACUUUCAGGUGUACUGAACGUGACUAUUAUUAUUCUAUUAGUGUUUAUAAUGUUUGGUAUACUGGGUGUUAGUUUACUACAAGAUAAAAUGCACUAUUGCGAUAUAAUCUCAAAGGAUGAGUUUAAUUAUUAUAAUUAACAGGAAUGCAAGGAACUGGGCGGAGAAUGGAGUAAUAGGAAUAUGAAUUUUGAUAAUAUACUAAAUUCAAUUCUAACACUAUUUAUCCUGAGUAGAAGAGACGAUUGGGACAAACAAAUAUAUUGGUAUAUAGAUGCAAGUGAUGAUGGUCCAGAAAAGAAUGCUUAAUUGUGGAUAAUUAUAUAUUUUCUCACAUUCAUAUACACAGGAUCCAUAUUGUUGAUGGAUUUAUUUACAGGAGUGAUUUUUGUAAAUUACAAGUUUGCUGAUUUCUCCAUGAAGGAUAAAGUGUUAUCGCCUGAUCAGGAGGAUUGGAUUAACAUUUAAAAGAUGAUCGUUGCUUCCAGUCCAAAUUUUGCAUUAUAUUAUCCCCCCUUGAAUUUCUAUAGAGCACUUAUCUUCAAACUAAUAUCAAACAAAUACUUUGAUGGAACAAUAAUAUUUCUCAUAAUUUUCAAUGUUGUUGUGUUAUCUCUGAAUUAUGAUGAAUCUUCAAGCAAUUACAAUUCCAUUUUAGAGACCUUGAAUCUGUGUUUCAACUUCAUUUUCAUUGGGGAGUGUAUUCUAAAGAUAAUUGCUUAUGGUCCAAAAGGAUACUUCAGGAAUAGUUGGAAUUAAUUUGAUUUCUUCGUGGUUUUGACAUCAGCUUUGGAUAUCACUCUGAAGUUGAGUGGGGCGAGUAAUCAGAAUUCAUUCUUGUCGUCUGGCCCAUAAUUAUUUAGAGUGUUUAGGGUGUUGAGAGUAACCAAGUUGUUUAGGUUGGUGAAACAAUUGAAGGGCUUAAAAAAACUCAUUGACACUGCAACUUUUGCAUUGCCUGAACUAUUUGAAUUAAUCCUGCUUAUGUUGUUAAUGUAUUGUAUCUUCGCAAUCCUAGCAACAUUUCUAUAUUCUGAUGUGACUGAUGGGAGCAUUAUUGAUGAUACCUAUAAUUUUAAGAAUUUUCAUCAUGCACUCUUAGCUCUUUUUAGAUGCACUACAGGUGAAGGUUAGUACUAGAUUAUUUAUGAUAUUAUGGAAUCUCAUGGAGCAGUCCAUUGUUUAUUCUUUGUUGUAUUCUCAAUUGCAAUUUAAAGAAUCAUGUUAAAUUUGUUUAUUUUGAUUGUCAUUCAAUAAUAUGAACGAUUUUAUAUCAAUUCUGAUAACCCACUUCAAAGAUUCAAAGAAUUCGAAUAAGACUUCAUAGAUGGGUGGGCACCUCUAUCUAAACAAUAUGGUGGAAACUAUAUCAAGGUUAAAUAGUUGAUCAGUCUGGUAUUAACAAUCAAAUCUCCUCUUGGCUAUGAUCUAAAUGAGAAGAUCCUAUUAGCCUUGGAUGACUGGAAGAAGUUUAAUUAGGAAGUUAAACAAACUCAAUAGAACAUCGAUAGGAUCAUCAACAUAGUAACAGCAGACUCCAAAAAGAAAGUGGCCACCACUAUAAUGACGAUGGAAAUGACAGCCACAGAUGAUGGAUAAUUGGAAUAUCAUUAUGUCUUCUUCACUAUCAUGAAAAUGUUCCAACAAUAAUUUAUGCAAAAAACCACCAAAGAGGCUAAAACCAAAAUAAAACAGCAUGAAGAACAAACCCUGCAAAGAAUUAGGAAGAAUAGAAUUUACAUCAACGGAGUGAAUCCCUGUGUGUAAUUACUAUACGUGAUGAUGUGUUUUAAAGCAUUCAAGAGAUUCUCAGAGAAGGCUCAAGACAAAGCCUUACAGAAACCAUAAGAAUUCAGCGAAUAAAGCUCAGAUUCAUAUUAUUGUUAUUCAAGCUCCGAGAUUGCCCAACGUGAACCUCAAAGCAUCAUGUCCAAUACAUCUAGAGAAUCUUAGAAUCAAUUUUGUACUCCACCUGAUCUUACUGUUUAUCAGAGUGAAAUCAACAUCAACAGCAACAAGACUUCUUUGAUCCAAAUUUUUAAUAGGCAACAAGUGUCCUUAAGUUAAACAAGUGAAAUCAACAGUCCCUAUAUUGAAUCAGCUAAAUGA